AAAUAAAGGUGUCAAAGCUGCAUUGAGAAAUUUCUGGAAAAUAAAAGUUGAAUUUCAUCACAAAAAUACGUAAAAUGGAUCUCAUUAAAGCCGGUAACAAGGUCCUUUUUGUGUGGGGCGGCAAUGUCAACGACGAAUUCGAAAAAACCAUCAACGAACUGAAGAAAAUCGAAGGGACAACAAUCAGUGUCGAAAACAUUGAUCGAUUGAAAUUAGCCACAUACGAUAAUUCCUCAUUCGAUGUCGUGUUGUCAAAUUACCUGGGAACCUAUGAGAGUGAACACACAACCGAUCUUUUGGGACAUAUCUUGAAGUUAUUGAAGCCAAAUGGGAAAUUGUUUGUGCGGAAUAAGGGAGGAGAUUUCAAGUCGACAUUACUUCUUUCGGGAUUCGUCAGCAUUGAACAGAAGGAAAAUGAUUUGUAUCAAGCUUCGAAACCCAAUUAUGAAGUUGGUUCGGGUGCCAAAUUGUCAUUUGCGAAAAAAGAUACUGCCGCUAAAGUCUGGAAGUUGGAUGACACGGAAGAAGAUGACUUGAUUAAUCCGGACGACUUGUUGGACGAAGAAGACAAAGCUAUGCCAGAUCCAUCGACGUUGCGUGUUUGCGGAACAACAGGAAAGAGAAAGGCCUGCAAAGAUUGUAGUUGUGGUUUGGCAGAAGAGCUUGCGGCAGAAGGUGCACCCAAGAAUCCCAUUCAAAAAUCAUCAUGUGGAAGUUGCUACCUGGGUGACGCUUUCCGAUGUGCUACGUGUCCUUAUUUAGGCAUGCCUGCCUUCAAGCCAGGAGAAAAAAUUCAAAUCACUGAUAAUUUACUUAAGGGCGACUUGUAGUUACUUACCUACUUACUGCCCAUGAUUUUCCAAGUAAUUACUAUUUAAUUUAGAAACGAAUAAAAUGCUUUUUGGUUGAAAAUAAAUCUA